AUGUCAACACAAGUCUCAGCCUCUACUUAUACUGCAGACACACCGCUGGCCGAAACAUUAGAUGGAAUUCAACUAAACGAUCCUGCCUACUUUAAAACUGACCACGAAUGGUCUUUGAUAAGUUUUUUACUUUACCGCCAACAAUGUAGUGACUUUCAGCCUAGCAAAUUAGCCAAAUACGAUCGAUAUGCUCGCAAUUUAACAAACAUUAUAAACUGGGAGGGGGCACAGCCUUUGGAUGGGGUUACGACCUGCGUUCAAUCAUCCAACACUCCUGAUUACAGUCGGGAAGUCCCUUUGGAUGGGGUUACGGCCUGUGUUCAAUCAUCCAAUACUCCUGAUUACGGUCAGAAGUGUAAAGAAAAGAAAUCAAUGUUAAUUAUUGAAUUUUGGGAGUCUGCUACGUCAACAGAAAAACGGAAGUUAACGGCUAUUUCUGAACGUACAAUGUUGAUGGAGGAGCAUGCUACUGCCGUUAUGAAUUUAACUUCCCAACAAGACCGAAUCAUACGAGAAAAGUUUACAAGAAAUCUCGAGAAUUCGGACACAAAUAAUGAUCGUUCACACAAACGUCAACGUGGACAAGGGAAUGAAGACGAAAUUCAUCAACCAGCUACUCCGAAAAAUAAGGAGUAUGAACAUGAUUCAGAAUCAAGUGAUGAUCCGUAUAUUAAUUCUGAUUCAAGUUAUGAAGUUCAAGGUAGUAGAUAUUCAUCUUCGACACCACAUUCUCAUGAAGAUCCUUUCACUGAAGAUACUGUAGAUGAAAACGUUCUUAUUACCAAUGUUCCUUCAAGAUUGUCAUCAUCCAAGAGUUCAGAAUCCGAUUUGUUUGUAAAUGGUGUUAAUAUCUUAGAAAAAUUUAGAACAUAUAUUAGCGAAUCCAUAUUACACGCUAACAAUAAAGGCCUGUAUAUUGAGUCACACUCUCACGAAAUAUUAUCAUUAUCGUCAAUCCUUGUGCUCAUACCGAACUCUUACUCCACUAAGAUGGUAGAGUCGUUUGGUUUAGAUGUACUAGAGUCAAUUUACAGAGAAUACACGCCAAAAUUAUCUUUACAACUAGAUAUAGAGAUCGAAAAUGUGUACAGGAGUGUAGUUAAAACGUGUUUGAAUGAUUCGCGUGAUAAUGCCAUUAAAUUAUUAUGUGUAAAGAUUGUACAAAAAAAUGAAUUGAUGAAUAAUUUCUGCUUUCUAAUCUUAGACUUGAUAAGAAAUCUUCCAUACGAUAAGAUAAGAAAUGAACCAAGUGAAUUAACGUUGAUAACAAACUAUUUGGAUAACAUUAUGAAAAAUGCGUUCCAUAUACCUGACAGACACGCGAAGCAACCAGAUUUUGUUGUUUCAGUCAACUAUCAGUCUCGGGCAUCAAACGUGAUUUAUGUUGGUGAAGUAACUGGGCCAUCUGAGCAAGGAAACGUAUAUAAAAAUUGCCUUGAUUUAGUGAGAAUUGGAAUUUUUAUGAAAGAUUGUAUGGAUUCGGCAGUUUCACAAGGGGCAGAGAUCAAGAUAUUAGGAUUUCAAUGCAUUGCAUAUAGAAUAGACUUUUACAUGCUUAAUCUAAGAG